CUUCAUUUGGUAUGAACAAACAACAAACAAAGAAGAAAAACCUCCUGACCUCUCUGUCUUCCUUCCUUUUACGGAGCAGCAGCGUCAAAGCUCCAUAUGCAGUGCCUCACUGCCUCAUACCCUCAUCCAAGUCCAACUGUAUUUGUUCCUUCGCUUUAUCUUCUUCUUGUAAUUAGCGAAACCCAACUGAAAAUUUAAAGCCUUUUAAAACCCCCAUCGAUAGUAAUUAUUUACUUCUUUUUUUUAAUAUCAGCUUCGUAUCUACUAUCAAAUUUAUUACCUGUAUACACUUCUCUGUUUCUCGCUCGUUUUGUGUUUGUGAAAACUCCGAAGCGAGGGCAUGGCUAUAUCGGCAGCAGUUGUGAUAUUGCCGUUGGGGGUUCUGUUCUUCAUCUCAGGCCUCGUUGUCAAUUUAAUUCAGGCAGUAUGCUUCGCCCUCAUUCGGCCCUUUUCGAAGAACACAUACAGAAGGAUUAACAGAGCUGUGGCAGAAUUGUUGUGGCUGGAACUUGUGUGGCUGGUUGACUGGUGGGCAGGAGUUAAGAUCCAAUUAUUUACAGAUCCAGAAACCUUUCAUUUAAUGGGUAAAGAACAUGCACUAGUUGUAUCAAAUCAUAGAAGUGACAUUGAUUGGCUCGUCGGAUGGGUUUUGGCUCAGCGGUCAGGUUGCCUCGGCAGUGCCUUGGCUGUAAUGAAGAAAUCAUCAAAAGUCCUUCCAGUUAUUGGUUGGUCAAUGUGGUUUUCUGAGUAUCUUUUUCUAGAAAGAAGCUGGGCGAAGGAUGAAAACACAUUGAAGACGGGUCUUUUGCGGCUAAAAGAUUUCCCUCAGCCCUUUUGGCUAGCUCUUUUUGUUGAAGGAACACGCUUUACGAAGGCAAAGCUUUUAGCAGCUCAGGAAUAUGCAGCCUCAACUGGAUUGCCUGUCCCUAGAAAUGUUUUGAUUCCUCGAACCAAGGGGUUUGUUGCAGCUGUAAGUCAUAUGCGCUCAUUUGUCCCGGCCAUUUAUGAUGUGACAGCAGCUAUUCCAAAAAGUUCACCUCCACCUACAAUGCUUAGACUAUUCAAGGGGCAAUCUUCUGUGGUCCAUGUGCAUCUUAAACGUCAUAUGAUGAAGGAUUUACCCGAAACAGAUGAAGCUGUUACUCAAUGGUGUAGAGAUAUGUUUGUGGCCAAGGAUGCUUUAUUGGACAAACAUUUGGCGGCGGACACCUUCGACAACCAAGAACAACAGGAUAUUGGCAGGCCUUUAAAGUCGCUUGUUGUUGUUUCCUCUUGGGCAUGUCUGCUUGUUAUGGGUACUCUGAAGUUCCUCCAAUGGUCUUCUCUUCUUUCCUCCUGGAAGGGCAUUGCAUUCUCAGCAUUUGGUUUGGCCAUCGUUACUGUCGUGAUGCACAUCUUGAUUCGAUUCUCUCAAUCCGAACAUUCAACCCCUGCAAAAGUUGCCCCAAUGAAGCCAAAGAGCAGUGGAGAGUUGUCAGAUAGUGGACAACACAAACAACAGUAGGAGUAACCAUUCGCUCUGUAAUCUGUCGGUUGACGAGUUCACCAAAAGCCAUCCUUAGCCCCCCACUCAUCGUAUCUGCAGGUUAGGAUGUUUAUUUGUUGUUAUAGGAUCAACUCAGACAUGUGCUAGUCUUCUGUUCAUGAAUUUUCCCAUCUCUCUACACAUCUAUAGAUGAUAAGCUAUGUUGAAACCUAAAAGUACACCAAGAACCAGAUCUUCACAGUUAAAUCCUUUAAUAAGGCUCUAAUGAAAUGUAACAAUCACUUUCGCAA